GCCCUGCCGGCAGCGCCCGAGCCCGGGAAGCAUCGAGCUGCGCGCCUGGGCGGAGGACUUCGGCUUCGGAAGCUUCCCGGCCCUUCGGGGAGUUCCUCCGCUCGGUGGACCGUAGUUCUGGCUCUGGGCAUGCAGCCGCACUGAGAGCCGCCGGCUGCUGACCGUUCUCGGGUUGAAGAGUUGGGUCUGCGCUCCGGCACCAUGACCAGCCCUGCGGGCGCGCAGAACAAGGAAAUAGACUGUCUGAGCCCAGAAGCCCAGAGACUGGCGGAGGCCAGGCUUGCUGCGAAGCGAGCAGCCCGGGCGGAGGCUCGAGACAUCCGAAUGAAGGAGCUGGAGCGGCAGCAGAAGGAGAUCUAUCAGGUUCAAAAGAAAUAUUAUGGGCUGGAUACAAAAUGGGGUGACAUCGAGCAAUGGAUGGAAGACAGUGAGCGCUACUCGCGCAGAUCCAGAAGGAACACAUCGGCUUCUGAUGAAGAUGAGCGUGUGUCAGUGGGUAGUCGUGGCAGUCUGAGGGCACAGCCCAACUUGGAGUAUGGGGGUCCCUACGCCUGGACGAAUGGUUAUGAUGGAGAACUGUACGGAUCGCAUUCGCUGAGUAGGAGAUCUGGCAAUUCCAGCUACAGUGGCGAGGGCAGACUCUCCACUCUCUCAUCUUCCAGGGAGAAGUUGCCUUCCUGUCUGUACAGUGCUGCCCGGCCUGCGGGGAGUUACCCGGCAUCUGUGUACAGUGAGAGCAGCGUUGGUGGGGCUCGGAGGGGCAGUGCCUGCGGUUCCCAUGCUCCCUCGGAGUACAGCGGCCACCUCAACUCCAGCUCUCGCGCCUCCUCCAGGGCCAGCUCGGCGCGGGCCAGCCCAGUGGUUGAAGAGAGACCAGAAAAAGAUUUUACUGAGAAGGGGACUCGUAACAUGCCCAGCUUGUCUGCAGCUACGCUGGCCUCUCUGGGUGGGACUUCCUCCCGGAGAGGAAGCGGAGAUACCUCCGUCUCCUUGGACACCGAGACAUCCAUUAGGGAAAUUAAGGAACUCAAUGAGUUAAAGGACCAGAUUCAGGAUGUAGAAGGCAAAUACAUGCAGGGAUUGAAAGAGAUGAAGGACUCACUAGCAGAGGUUGAAGAGAAGUAUAAGAAGGCCAUGGUUUCCAAUGCUCAGCUGGACAAUGAGAAGACCAACUUCAUGUACCAGGUGGACACCUUGAAAGACAUGCUGCUGGAGCUCGAGGAGCAGCUGGCCGAGUCUCAGCGGCAGUAUGAAGAGAAAAACAGAGAGUUCGAGCGUGAAAAGCAUGCCCACAGCAUCCUGCAAUUCCAGUUUGCUGAAGUGAAAGAGGCUCUAAAGCAAAGAGAAGAAAUGCUCGAGGAAAUCCGACAGCUACAGCAGAAACAAGCGAGUUAUAUCAGGGAGAUUUCUGACCUUCAGGAAACAAUAGAGUGGAAAGACAAAAAGAUAGGGGCAUUAGAGAGGCAGAAAGAGUUCUUUGAUUCCAUAAGGAGUGAACGGGAUGAUCUCAGAGAAGAAAUAGUCAAGCUAAAGGAGGAAUUAAAGAAACAUGGAAUAGUCCUGAAUUCAGAAAUAGCUACCAAUGGAGAGACCUCAGACACACUAAAUAAUGUUGAGUACCCAGACCCCACCAAGAUGACGGAAGAAGAGUUCAAUGCUGUCAAGUCAGCCGGGGAUGGGACACUAGGAAGAGCCACUGAAGUGGAGGUGAAAAAUGAAAUUGUGGAGACUGUGGGGAAAAGAGAAACCUUGCAGAAUGCUGAGCAAGAACAGCACAAGGAGCACACGAUACAGGAGUGUGUGGACAUAGAGGGGUUGCAUCCUGGUGGAAAGGCUGAACACAGUGCCCCAUUCCCAGAACCAUUAGCAAGUGCUGAAUGUGAGCAGCAGGUUCAAAGCCAAAUUCUAGAGAGCACUUCUUGCCUUGAAAAUCCAGAGCAGGUUGAGUCAAAUAAGAUCAGAGACAUGCCAGAUAGUAGGACUGGAGCCUCCCCCGAGCAGUCUGAGUAUCUGGGGGAUGUAGACGCUGAAGUGCCAGGUCCCAUGCAUGGGCAGGACAGCUGUAAUGCUUUGGAUGUCAAAAACCAAAGCGAAAACUCUGUAAGAAGUCAGGAGAAAGAAAAGCAAGAGAAUUUGAAAACAGACUUGGAAGAGAUUAUCCCCAAACCAUGUGAAGGGUCUAUUCCCGGGCUAAUAACUGAAGCUGACAAUACAGACUCUGGGGGGCCAGGUGGAAACCACACAGAGAAUGUGUUAGAUGUAGGGGAAACUGAAGUUGGGGAGCCAGUGAGCACAGUGGUCUCAAAUCCUCCAGAGCAUAAUGGUGACACAGUGAGUCCUGAUGGAAAAUGUGUGGUUGAUGAGUUGGACCCCAGCACAGGACAUAGCUCAGAGAGAGAACUCCCCAAGGAAGCCACAGUUCAGAGCACAGUAGGUAGGGAGAACACUGCAGAAGAGGGCGAGAACCCAAUUCAGGCAGAAACCCAGACCAUUCCUGGAGCUCCAGCAGCCAAGAGCUGCCACCAAGAAACAACAGGUCCAAACAAGGAAGAUGCUGAAAGUGAACUGAUUGAUGUGAAAGAACUCGAUGAAGAGAAGAACAGCCACCAGGCAGAGGCACUGGAUUCCUCACAGAAGAAGACAAAGAACAAGAAGAAGAAAAACAAGAAGAAAAAAUCAUCAGCCUCUGUAGAAACCCCCCUUAAAGAUGUUAAGAACAAGUUAACAUGUCAGAGCACAGAUGCAGGUGAAGCUGAGGAGGAAGGGCAGGUACAGCUUGCUGACAAAAAACAGGGAGCAGAAGCACAAAAUGAGGUGACCAAAAAUCUAAAACAGGAAAUUAUAGCAGGAAGUAGUGAAUGUGUUGAUUGUUCAGAAAAUCCUAAAACCGAGUUGGAUGGAACCCAGAACCAAGAGGAUGAUGAUGUAAACAGAAAGAAAGGGGAAGUGACAGCUGAUGGAGACACAUUGCCUUGUGAAGAUGAUACAGUUCAUUUGUCAGGCACUAGUGCUAGCGACAAAGAAUUAGAUGAGCAGGUUACAAAAGUCUGUGCUGAUGGCAUGGCUCAGAGCUGUCCUCUAGAACCUGAAAAUGAAGACGGGAACAGCAGUUCCCUGCUUGAAAGUAAAAGUCCCUCACAGGACAUCAAUGGUGCCUCUCAGAUAGAAAGUGCAGAGAGGCACCUGCUGUCCAAACACCCAGGUCAGACAGCCCAGAAAGCGUUAGACAGCAUCAGUCCAGAACACGAUGACCUGUCAGCACCCACAGGGAGGGUAGGGGACUUCAAUUCAGAGAGCGAAGGACAUGCAAGAGGAGAAAAUGAGAAGGGAAAGAGCAAAGAAGACUGUACCCUGUCAUAAGUCAGGGAGCACAGCAGGCAGGCAAGGUAUAAGAUGGUGUUCGAGAGAGGGGCCAAGGACUCCACACAGUAAGUCUGAUUGUAAAAGACUCUCACCUUUCAUUUUCACUGCUGAUGUUCACAGAAUGUCCUAAAAUGCUAUAUGUGUACUGUAUGACAAUCAACCAACCAGGUUAUCUACUACUUUAAGUGAUAGACUUUUACUUACAGAUUUGUAUUUAAUCAGUGAGGUGAUCACCCAGAUUAGAAAGCAAGAAACAUUUGUUUUCAGUUUAAGUGCUAAUUGAGAGCAUUCCAGUACAUCACAUAGUGGUGAACAGCUGUACUGUCCGUAUUUCAGUCUAAAGUAAAACUGUCUGCCUUAGGCCAAUAUGAGUGUGCAUACUCUUGACCAAAUAUAUCAGCAUCUAAUUGAAAUGACCAAAUAGCAUUCUUAGGUUUCUGUCUUACGAAUAUAAUGGAUAUUUAAAUGACUGUCUCGAUCAACUACAUGUACUUCCAUCUUUGAUUUUAAUGCAUAUAUUUUACCUGAUGGUAUUUUAUUUAAAGGAGAUUAAUAGCUAAAUAGCAUAUAGGUCACUGAGUGAUGAGAUUUGCACCUUAGGACAAUAUACCCAUUUUAGGGAGAAGAGAUGAGUGUCAGGAAGCACUAGGGAGGGCUCGGUGGUUACCUCAGAAGUACCGUGUUUCACACCCGUGCUCUUGGACCUAAUUGCUGAUGGUACCAGAACUUGUUCUGUAGAAGACUGAUUUCCUGUUGAUGAUGUACCAAAUUCAUUUUAUACAAAGAUUUUUUUUAAAAUUUUUUUUCUGGAAGUGACAUGUUGAAAUUGCACCUCCUAUUGUAGUAUUUAGGAGGUGCCGUUAUUAAAAAUUUUUUAACCUUAAAGUUAUUUCUCUUUCUGUUUGAAUGUGUAAUCAUUAUUCCAAAGAAAAUAUAAAAGGUUACUUAUCUCAUGCAAACUGCUCAUUAGAUUAUCGUAGGAUAUUGUGAAGAACUGAUAACUCUUGUUAUUUUGGUAUAAAUAUUUUUAUUUGUUGUUCCUCAGUAUAUAUUCUUACUAGAAAAUCCUUGUUUUGAUCUACCUGAAGGAAAUACAUAUUUUCUAUAUAAAGAAGCAUUUAAAAAGAAUUGUAAAAUUGAAUGAAAAGGUAGUCAUAAAAUAAAAAAAAAUCACAAAGGAAUGUAUGUUAUGGUAUUGUUGACACCUUAUAAGAUGAUGUGAAUUCAUACUACUGUUACAAGAUAUAAUCGAGUGCAAAAAGACCAAAACCUCAGUAAAAUUUGAGGCAAACCUAAGUGUUAUGUAAUUGAAAUAAAAACAUUUUAUAAUUUUACAAGCCUAUGGCUCCCGUCUUUGGGCUUCUUGACCUCUGACCCUGGGUGCUGGUUCACACAGUGCCCUCUUGAAGCCACACCCACUUCUGGCUGUGAACUCUUGCCGGGAUUCUGGAAAGUUCCUUCUAAUGCAUUCCUCAGGGAUUAGUGGGCUCCUUUCUGGUGGCUGGCCCGGUGCUAGGGCUGAAGACUGAGAAGUGGUCUCUCAUACCAUCUCCUGGUUCUGGGGGCCUCCCAGUUGAACCCCAGUUGAGGAAAGUCUCCAUUCUGGUGCUCUGCAUAGACAUAUCAAUACUCAAGAGAGUUUGGGGAGUGUGAAGGAAAUGUUGCUGUACCUGAUGUUCUGAAGAACAGGACAGUGGGGUGCUAAGUCCUCCUACCUGUGCCAGGAGAUGGCAGCCUGAGCUCUGCAGGACUGUGAAGGGCAGCAGUCACUCUAGCUUUAGCCAGGCCACAUUCACACUGGAAUGCACACUGGAAACCAGCUUUCAGUCCAGCUUCCUGAAGCCUUUGGGAAGCAAUUCAACAACCCAAGCCAGGUCAUGGGAUGGUGACAUCAUGGAACCAUUCUAAGUUUGUACCUUUCCCUCCCAUGUUCUUCAACAGCACAUUUCAACACCAGGCAUACCUUCCAUCCCUCAACUCACUUAGCCAGCAUGUCAGUUAUUCACCCAUCAUUUAUUUAAUUAGGUAUGUAUUAGAGGGCACUGUGCCAGAGAGCAAGCAGACAGGACCCAGUCUAGUGAGGAACACACAGCUGAGAAUCAGGAGUGUGCAACACUGAAGAAGAAAAACAGCCCUCAGCAGGUGGACUGUUUCUGCAUGAGAGAACAUCAUAGCCCCACACAGUAAUUUACAGUCACAAUAAAGACCCUUAAAUGAUCAACAAAUGAUUAACUCAGGUAUGUAUAUUCAGUGUAAGAAGGCAUGGAAAUACAUAAGAUAAUUUAGGUUACUUGUCAAUCACAUCCCAAGAAACAUGGACAGUGAAACAGAGAGAGAAAAAUGUUCACCACCAAUACCUGAAAUCUAAAAGCUUGAGUAUUUUUCGGUCCCAAACCAGAACAUAGCUACCAUAGGUAAAUGUAAGUCUUCCUUCAAAAGUAUUAUUCUGGAUAUGUGUAGCAAAUAGGAAAGAUAACACGGCAGAAAACACUGAAAUUUUGUAGUUUUUAGGAAUUAGGUGUACAGCAUUGACUACUCCCUCUAACACUCGUGAUUCCAGUUAACAGAAGUGACCUGAACACUGAAAUUUCCAUUCUCUCAGGGGGCCAGAUGGUUUGGGCUCAUUUUCCACCAGUGGGCUCCUGUCCUAGGCAUGCUACAGUGGCCUCUGUGUCAAGAGAGCACACCCAGUGUCCUGGCCUCUAAAGGGAAGGGAGGGUGUUUGCUGUGCUGAAAGUGUGACCACAGACAGAACACUGUGUCUUCCAGAAGGGAAGUCCUUUCACUCUGUCCUCCCCAUCUACUGCCCUUCUUUCAAGCGUCUCUGCUUUGAUGGCUGGUGGCUGGCUUAAGAAAAUAUUGUCAUCUGUAUAGACCCCGUUGGGCCCUGUAAACAGAAGAAAGACUUGGCAGCUGCCCUGUUCUGCCUCUUGCAGAAAGGUGGUCCUGCCACAAGAGGUGGCCUCAGGGAAGAUGGGCGUUGACUGAUUAAUUUCAGUCCGACAAGUCAGUAAGGAGAGGUAGAAGAAGAGUGGCCAUCAGGGCGUUUUUACAGUCCCCAGCCCCUUCGUUAUGUUUGCACAUAGGAAGGAGGCAACUCUCCUGGGCAGAAGGAUGAGAGGACUUUGGGCCAUGAAUAGCUAGGUGCAUCUGCCACCCUGACUGCUCUGUCAUCUGAAACUAGCCCACAUAAUGCAAAAUGCACAUUGCAAAUGUGUGGUUAUGAACAGGCCACCUAACACCAGAGUGCCUUUUAGAGCUGUGGGGAGUCAGAUCUAGGUAAAGUGCUUAAAAAGUCAGUGCUUUCUGACUGCUGUGUGGCUGCUGGUUGACCUUGUGCUGCCCCAGGGCAGGCUAAGAGCACUAAGACCACAAGACUAACCAAGGAGUCCAGGGGCCUGGAGAGGCCCUGUACUCGUUUGACUACUUUAGGAAUCUUCUAGAAGGCCUUACCUCUUUGUUUCCCAUCUUAUGGGUCUCUACAAUGCAUACCAGAAAGUUUGCUGAAGUUUACUAUGUAAAAACCAUAUUCUUUAAA